UUCUAAUAUUUUAAAGUUUAUAUCAAAUGUCAAAUUGAAAGGCAAAUAUCAAAUUUAAGUUAUUAUUUCAUGUUAGUUGUACACAAAAUUAAUGGAUGCCAAAGACACCGAAGAAUUUAAAAAUGCUAUAAGAGAUAUAGCAUCGCACGCACAUCAGUUAGAUAACCCCUUUGACAGGGUAAGAUGCGUAGAAUGGUGUAGAAAACUAUCAGGAUUGUCAGAAGAAGAUCUCGAAUGCUGCAAAUUAAAGAACGAGUAUGCACAGUUGCUAAGAAUUCAAGUUAGACAUAAAUUUCUACAUGGACCCUUUGUCACACCCCCACCUGACGAUAAGCUAAGUUCUCUUCCAGAAUGCCUCGGAAAUCUUAUGGCUCAACAGAUUCCAUACCUUCCUAGAGUCGGACCGAUAUCUCCAAUAAUUCACCAUAGAUCACCUGACGGUCGAGCAUACAUAUCAACGAAACAAAUUCCUGGCGGAGGAGUAUUUUGCUAUAUGGCUGUGAGUCCCGAUGGUUUGAAGUGCACACUUAAAUAAUCAUUUUGAAAUAUUGCAGUGUAUACAGGGUGUUUGGUAAAGAAUGGACCAUAGCUUAACCGUAGAUUCCUGAACUUAAAAUAGGUCGAUUUAAGCCAACUUACCUUAGUACGAAAGUUGAUGAUAACCGAAAUACAGGGUGUCAAAGUUAAACUUUUAUUUUAUUCAUUCUUGAAUAUUUCCUGACAGGCAUGGGAUAACAACACGAAAUUUGGUAAGCGGGGGUUUUUUGGGAUGAGAAAUCUAAAUUCGCUACCAAAAAUGAUGUAUUACCCAGUGGGCGCCAUAUACGUCUUUCAGCGGUCAUUAAUUACGUUCAAUUUUUUUUAUCCCCCACUCUACAUACUUUUUGAAUCAAAAUUUAUAUUCUCUUAAUAUUUUUACUUAAAAAAGGUAUACUACAUUCAUCUCGCUAAACUUAACAGUUUUCGAGAUAAACGCAUUUCAAAUCUGCGAUACGACUUAAUUUUUUGCAUAUCAUUGUAGUUAGACCCGAAAAAUAAACUUAAAACCAUAAUCAUUAGAGAGAUUUUGCACCUUUUAUUUUGCAAUUCCGUUAUGGUUAUCGUUAUACUACGUCUGCGCAGUAGCGAAUAUAUGAUUCGUUAUCUAUCGUUAUUAAACAUAAGGGAUUCCGUAAUUUACGGAGGUUUAAAGUAGUGCUUAUCGUUAUAGUAAUGUUUAAAUUGCUUUGUUGCCAGAAUGUAAAAAAAUCAGUAAAAUUACAUUUACGUAGAUUCUAAUUUUGAUUACCUAUAAAUUAAAAUAUCAAAAACUAUUCAAGUAUAUGCUUAAAAUUACAAUAAAUAACGUUGCGAAGUGAGGUUAUGUUUAAAUAACGAUAACGAUGCGACGACAGAAAAACCUACUUGACAGGCCGCAAAACUCUGCUUUUUAACGUUACCAUAAUCGUUAUGCUUAAUAAAGUUAACCAUAGCGGAGCCACAAUCAGCGGUUAAUUUAAGAGGUGCAAAAUCUCUCCAAUGUUUCAGUUCUCAUAUUUAUGUCAUUGCAUCGCAAAUUUCAUUUGAAGAAAUUUGCGAUACAUUUUUGUAAAUUUUUAUGUUUUUAAGGUGUUUUUUAGGUGUAACUACAAUGAUAAGUAUUAUGCAAAAAUUUAUGGUGCCUCGCAGAUUUAAAAUGCGUUUAUCUCAAAAACGGUUGAGUUUAGCAAAAUGAAUGUAGUAUACCUUUUUUAAGUAAAAAUAUUAAGAGAAUAGAAAUUUUGAUUCAAUAAGUAUGUAGGGUGGUUAAUAAAAAAAUUGAAUAUAAUAAAUGAGCCCUGAAAGGCGUAUGUGGCGCCCUCUGGUUAAUACAUCAUGUUUGGUGACGAAUUUAAAUUUCUCGUCCCAAAAAACCCGCGCUUACCAAAUUUCGUGUUAUUAUCCCAUGCGUGUUAGGAAAUAUUUAAGAAUAAAUAAAAUAAAAGUUUAACUUUGACACCCUGUAUUUCGGUUAUUAUCAACUUUCGUAUUAAGGUAAGUUAGCUUAAAUAGACCUAUUUUAACCUCAGAAAUCUGAGGUUAAGCUAUGGCCCAUUUUUUACCAAACACCCUGUAUAUUGACGAAGUUCAUAUAUUUUAGUGAAUUUUUAGUUGGAGACCAUUAAAUAAAUUGUGAAAGUC